UAUGCAGCAUUAGCUGCUGUCAGAAGUGUUUUGCUGCCAGUCCGGACUUGUUCAGACGGCAGCUAGUGAUCGCAGUUCGAGUUAUUUGUCGUUUAAAGUGGCAGAAAGUGAAAGUAAGUCGGAAUUUAUCUUUCUCUGGAGAGACUGUGGAGAUUCAACUGCUUCUGGGAAAAUGAUUCGCGGACAUUUCCUGGUUGUUUUCGUCUCUUUGCUUCAUUUAGCUGCUGCAGAGAAUGUAAAAUAUGCCCUCCUGGGUCAGACGGUCAUUCUGAAUCCAGAAAUCAAGGCAACUGGUGCAAAUAACAUCCUGUGGAAACACAACAGGGACAAAGUGGUGGAGUUUAAUGGAAACGAGCAGGAGGUAUACCCACCAUUUAAAGAUAGGAUCACACUGGACUGGCACACUGCAGAGCUGGAGAUCACCGACCUCAGAUACGAAGACAGUGGAGACUAUGACCUGGAGGUGUUCGUGAACAAAGAAUUCAAAACUUUCCCUUUCAAACUGAAGGUCAUUGGUAAAGUAUCCAAACCUUCCAUAUCCUGUGAGAUAGAAGACACCAGCUCUGAUGAAUCUGGAAACCGGGCCUCACUGAAAUGCUCUGCAGAAUCCAGCCGUUCUGAGUCCUUAAUGAAGUUUGAAUGGAGCUGGCGUGGCAGCAUGCAGCCCGGCCCAAAUUUAACAAUCCCUCUGGGGGAUGAGAAUGAUGAGGAAGAGUACAAUUGUACUGUGAGCAACCCGAUGUCCAGAGAGACGACGACUUUCUCUGCAAGGAGCUGCUACUCUGAGACAAAUUCAACUGGGAUCAUAGUCGGCUGUGUCGUUGCUUUCAUUGCUGUCCUUCUAGUGAUUUUGGGGCUGCUGCUAUUCCUGAAACGAAGACGACGUAAACCAGAGCAAAACAGAAGUGACCCUGAACAAAAUCCUUUAAUGAAUACACAGUCCACCUCUCAGUCUCUUCCACAAUCACCAGACUGUGCUCAAGAGGAUGACGACAUAGAGCCAGUUGAUGUGAAGAAAACAGCAAAGCGUUUUCAACAGAUAAUAGAUAAGCAUGAGAAUUCCACUCCUGCUAAACCUCCUGGUCUUGCCAAAGCUUUGUCUCCGUUGAAAUUGAACUUUUCAGUCACAUCUCAAGAGGGUGGCAUCGAUGAACACAAGAAAGAAAACAACUUGGAUCAAGUCAGUGGAGAACUUCCACAAAACCCUGCUGGAGAGUCGAGCUUGGAGGAGAAAAACCAGUCAGACGAGGAAAACAGAAGUGACCCUGAGCAAAGAACUUUAAAUGGUGGACUUUCCACCUCUCAGUCUCCUCUGCAAUCCCCAGACUGUGCUCAAGAGGAUGACGACACAGAGCCAGAAGGAAAAAGAAGUGACCUUGAAGAAGUCCCUUUCAACGGUGGAAAUGACACUAUUCCGUAUCCUGGAAAUGUGAAGAAAAUCACAAAACAAAUUCAAAGUAGAAUCGAUAAAGAGAUCAAGCCACCUCCUGCUAAACCACCUCGUACUCCUAAACCGCCGUCUCCACCACCAACAGACCCUUCAGACGUACCUGGUGAGGGUGGCAUCGAUAAACACAAGGAAGACAACAACUCGGAUCAAAUCACUGGAAAACCUCCACAAGACACUGCUGGAGAGUCGAGCUUGGAGGAAGGAAAACAACAGAGGGAGGUUCUCCAAGGGUCAAAACAUGAAAGCCCUCAUAUGUUUCAGUUCCCCAAUGUUGUAGUAGCUGCUAAUCAGGCAGAAAAGGACAAGAUUGUGUCUAACAGUCAGUCAACCAGCUACAAUGAGGCAAGUGGCACAAUAGAGGAACCUGCUGGUCAACAAGAGGACCAGGUCCCUGUAAAUCCAACCCCUGGAGACGCCAAAGACUCAGAGAUGAGUCUGGCUGCUGAUGGAGUCAGAGACUCUCCAACAGAGACGCAAACUUCAGGACGGACAGAAAAUGAAUCCGACCCAGAGGAAAGCAAACAAGAAGAGAAAAAAAGACAUGAAGACGAUCAAGAAGAAAACAAUCAGCAGCCUGGGAGUCAACCGAACUCAAGACAAGAAAGCCAUGACUCUUCCACAUCAGCUAGUUCCUCUACUGAUGAAGCUGACGAACAAGACAAAGUCAGUUCCAGGAGCAGCAGUCAGUCCAAGAAUAACUCUGAAGAGGCUGGAGGAGAUGAAGAUGAAAGACAAAAUCAACAAAGAGACGUUGAUGCCAGUGAACAUGGGGAUAGCGCAAACUCAGAUCAGAACGCUGAAACAUCCGACUUAUACACAGACAAAACAAUGGAGUCACCUGAUUCAGCUAAGUCACACACUCCUCAAAACACAGCUGAAGAACCAGCAGAAGGAGAAUAAGUCAAUCAGCAUGAUCGAGAAACCAAGUGGAUGAGUGUGAAAGACAAGGUGCAGAGGUUUGAAAAUCAUAGAAAGUAUUAAGGAGUCCAGAGUCAGAGAGUCCCAUGAGAUCAAAUCAAGAGAACCGAGACACUGACACCUCCCACAAUGCCCUGGUGUCUCACAUGGAGCCUCAGAUCAGAAGAAAAGGACAAGAUCACCAAAGUGUCACUUCCAGCCACAGCUGGUAAAAAGUAAAAACUGCAGUGCACUGCAGUCCUGACGGAGGAAAGACAGACAACGAAAGCUUCAAAAGGACAAAGAAGGAGAAAAGAAACCUCCUCAGCCUCACAGGGUUUUAUUCCAGAGAACAGAGGAGAUCCUUCUGUUUUUUCACCAUUUAACUUUACUCUUUUCAUUCUUUUCUAAUGUGUUUUAAUAGCUAAUAUAUAUUUGUUUUUACUGACACCACACUGUGUGAUUGAUUAUGAGAAUAUUUAAAUUUAAAGUUUUUCUUUUAAGCUAUAGAAAAUGCACUGCAGUAUAGAUAACUACUAACGUACUGGGAGCCUGUAACAAGGUUGAAUUUUUAAUGUAUCUCAAAAAUGAAAGCUUUAUCCAGGUAGUUUUGUUAUUUAGAUGAAUAUAAAAAGGACAGAGCAUUGAUUCAUCUGAAUUUAAAACAAAAAUGAAAUGAAAUGAGAGCAUUUUAUGUUGAUUCAUAUGUGAUUUAGCUGUUGUUGUUGAUAUAAAUGAUUAGAAAAAAGCAGUUUUACUAACUUCAUAUCUUGUUUGAAUCAAAUAUGUCAUUUCAUAUGCUGGCAUUUGUAACCAAAAUGUUUUAAUAUAGAAAAGUAUUAUUGAACUAACUGAAUAUGGAAAUCAUUAGUGAGGUUUUUUUUUUUUAGAUUCCUUUGCACUGAUCUGUAAAGACAAACAAUUUGUUGACCUUGUGUUUUUUUUAAGAUGGUUCAGAUUUUUUUUUUUUUUUUUUUUUUUUUACACUUUUUGAUACUAUGACAGUUUGAGUCUGACGCUUA